GAGCAUGCGCACUACAGCGGAUAAAAUAUAAACAGUGAAUUUUGGGACUAGUAUGCAUCUAGCGCAAAUAUGCAUGCCUAUGCUGUAACUUUUACGGGAUCAGCUGGUACGGAACUCCAGCUGCACGCUGAAAACUUAAUGCAUAGUAAAUCCAAAAUUUGUAGAGUAGGAUACUUUAGAAAGCCGUCCUAGAAACUAGCACGGAGGACAGCACUGCGUGUUGCAGUUUUCUGGCACAGUGGCACUAGCGAUAAUUUGAUAAAGCUGAGGAAAGGGGGAAAAGCCCCGCCUCCGUUGCUAUCAGUUACUGAUCUCAGCGUUUUUAAGGACAUGGUCGGACCUGGGACAGGAGUUCAUAAAUCGAAAGGGGAGACAUAUACAGUCGUAUAUCAAAGAAGUUCACUGAAUAAUUGGACGUUAUAUUUGGUCAACCCUCAAAUGCACACCAUGAAUCUACAUGGUAAAAUAUGCAGGAAGUUUUCUCUGGACAGCGCUUGCAGGUUUCCCGGUAGAGCCAGAAAUUGCAACAACAGUUUGCCUGAGAUAAGCUGUUGCUUUCAGUAGAUGUCCAUUGAUGAUGGUUCACGAAAGAAGCCAUGGUGGAUCUACACGUCGGACAAGGCGAGAUCAGAACCUAUACCAGAACUACACAGUGGAAGGGGGUGGGAGGCUGAGGAAAGUGAAGAGCAAGAGCAGGCUUGAACCCAUGAAAGUAGAGAGUGUGGAGGACGCCCAGCUGGAGAUACAGGAGCUCAACAAGAGCCUCAGCAGGCAGACUCCAAUCAGCUCACAGACCAUUGAUGAGAGAGGCUUUGAAAGGUCUGAAAGCGAUGUCACACGGAGUAGUUUUAUCAAGCACAACAAGACAUUCCACAAGAUUUUCCUAGACAUUCCUGAGGGCGAGGAAUUAACACAUGCUUUCACCUGUGCCCUGCAGAAGGAGGUGCUCUAUCAAGGCAAGCUCUUUGUGUCGGAUAAUUACGUGUGCUUCUACUCCUCUGUGCUGCUCAAGGAAACCAGAGUGGUGAUCCAUGUAUCUAAUGUGCAAGCAGUGAAGAAGCAGAACACAGCCCGAGUGGUGCCCAACGCCCUGUCAAUCCACACCAACGAGGGGGAGAAGUAUUUGUUUGUGUCUUUACGGAACCGCGAGGCCUGCUACAAGUUACUGUGCUCAGUGUGUCCGAACGUGGUGGAAAAGAGCGGUCAGAACAGCCCGGUUGCCUCCUCAGCAGAGAAUGGCAUUGAUCCCGGGAAGGACUCAAACUCAAGUGAGUCAAGUCUGGAGGACACUCCGAAUCACCUGGAUGACAGAAACCGCAGCGUCCAGUUGAAAGCACCCUUGCCCAAGCUGAUCAGAACCUCAAGGACUCGUCAGAGCAGCUCAACUUCUACAGACAAUGACGAGAGUUCCAGUGACGAAAACACAGAGCCGUCUUGGAUUUGGUCCGUAACAGAGAAGGUCAAGUCCCUCCUCGUACUGAGAGAGUCCAAUAACUUCAACCUCCUCCUCUGCAUCUACCUACUUCUGGUGCUGCUUCUCGUGCUGACGUCGGGGUACAUCGGCCUGCGCAUCAUGGCUCUGGAGGAGCAGCUGAGCUCCAUGGGGGCGCUGCCCGAGUUCUCUCUGCAGAGCGGGUACAAAGACACAUAGCCUUUUGGACAAGGAAAAUGAAGAAAGACGAUUGCUUGACUCAUUCAGUGGACAAUACUGGAGACCUUUUUUGUCAUCAUUUAAAAUAUAAGUGAUGCCCCAGUACCUAUUUGCAAAAUUCCACCUCCUCUGUAAAUGGUUUUUUAAAAGGCGGGGGUAGGACCACUGAGAGUAUAGCCAGACACCAGUGGUGUUUUUUUAGGAGUCGCAUGGCUCCCUUGGGCAAGUGGAGCAGUGUGGUUAUUUCCCUUGUGAAACCAAAGACAGCAGGCCUGUCUGCGGCUAAGUCCUCACUUUGGGGACCGUUCAGUUUUACACGUUCGAUGAGCAUGUUGUACUUUUGUAUUUUUUUUUAACAUACUUUGUUAUGUAUUCUUCUGAAAGCAAAAGAGAUAGAGUGUAACCUUUGUUAUGUCAGAAGGAGCAGAAUGUACUUUUUUUGGAAUAAACUACUUUAAGUACUGUGUCACAGAAAAACAAAUAGUGUGCAUUUGGAGUAUCACAAAAACCAUGCUUAAUUUUAUGUGGCCCUUCUACAUUUCUACAAGUGACCUUUUAAAGUCUUGUAGAUCAGGAAUGUUGUCUGUCUCAGUUUUACAUCUUGGCUGAAAGCUUAAUAUAUGAAUAUAAACUGAGUGAAAGGCUUUACUUUGUUCUUUAAUAACAAAUCUGUUCAAAUUCCAAUAAUAAUAAGAAUAUGACUUUUACAUUUACAAAAGACUCCACAUUGCAGUAAGUACUCUAUCAGACAUAUAAGUUAAUGUCACAUAGAAUAUGUGACAUUAUAUGUUGUCAUAUUUGCAACAUAUACCAGGCAUUACAAAAAUGUACAAAAAUAUGAAUGUGUGUUUUUUUUUGUUUUUUUUUUAGAAUUUGAGACCUGAUUCUGAAUCCUGAGACCUGGCAUAAAAAAAGAUGAAAGUUAAAAUAUUAAUUUCAUUUUUGACAUAAUCCAAGUAUCUUGGAUGAUAAAAACAUGUUGCAUUAAAAAUAUUAUCAAACCAUUAUUUAAUUAUUUUUUUUACUGAAUGUCCAUUGUGUAGGUUUCAGCACAGUAUAACAUUUGGUUAUUGAGAUUAAGACCAGAUACCUAUGCCCCCUACAGGGGACUAAAAUUAAUUGCCAGGGUUUAGGAUAUAAAAAAUGUUUUUCAUGUAGAAUACUGUCAUAUUUUACCAUGUAUUGCAUUUUCAUUCAUUCCUGUUCUUCAAUAAAGACCGUUUUUUAAAGUA